AUGCCGCCCCCUAAAGCUUUGGUUGUCCCCGCCCUGAAGCGCCACACUGCAACCGUCAUCGUGGCCCACGGUUUGGGUGACAGCGGUGCGGGAUGGAUCUUCCUCGCAGAGAACUGGCGCCGACGCAACAAAUUCGAAGAAGUCUCCUUCGUAUUCCCAUCUGCCCCCGUCAUCCCCAUCACAAUCAACAUGGGCAUGAGCAUGCCUGGAUGGUACGACAUCAAAUCACUUUCAGACCUCGCCAGCCGCGAAGAAGACGAGACCGGCAUCUUGAAGUCGCGCGACUACUUCCACUCCCUCAUCGCCGGCGAGAUAGAGAAGGGCAUCCCCGCAAGCCGGAUCGUGCUCGGAGGGUUCUCACAGGGUGGCGCCAUGGCGCUGCUAUCUGGCGUGACGGCUCCGCAGAAGCUUGGUGGAAUAUUCGGGCUGAGCUGCUACCUGCUGCUAUCGAAGAAACUCCAGGAGCUCUUGCCGGCGGACAACCCGAAUAAGGAGACACCUAUCUUCAUGGGGCAUGGAGACAUUGAUCCCGUGGUCGACCACAAGUGGGGGAAGCGGAGCGCGGACGAGUUGGUGAAAGGGGGCUGGAAUGUGGAUUUCAGGACCUACAAGGGCCUCCAGCAUUCGGCAGAUCCCGAAGAGAUCGACAACCUCGAAGCAUACCUUAACGGACAGAUUCCCCCGCUCGGCGACGAGAAGAAGUCCGAGACUUCGCUCUGA